AUGCCUCCACACCACCAGAAGGUAAACCCCCCAAGCAGCAACGCUCGUACACUAUCAGUGCCCGUCAACAAAGCAUCAUCAGACACUGAACAAACUACCACCUCCGCCCAAAUUACCCACCAGUCGAGGAUGGACAACAGGAACGGAGCUUCCUCGAAGUCUCCUCAUUCGGCCACAGAAAUUUCUCAUAAGCCCGUGGCACGUGGUUACGACAAAUACGGCCGGUAUUGGUACGAUCGCAAGAUCCUCCGAGAGGAAGGGCUCUGCUUCAAAUGUGGCGAGCCAUAUCACCGCGCGAGUGAUAUGAAUGCCCUUGGAAGGAUCGCCGUCGCACGAACAAUCGCGAGAUCCCCGCCCUUAUUGACAUUUCAAUACGGAGAUGCGGGGACAGGGGGCGAUGACGAGAAUGAAAGCGAGUAUAACGACGAGACUCGGUAUCACAACGAGAGAGAGCGCGAGGGGGAGUCCGAAGAUGAUGGAAGCGAGUCCUCGGAGGGGUCACCACGUCAAGAAGCAUUUACAUCUAUGCCUACGCCUCCUCCUUCGCAGACUUCGACCGACCGCCCGUCAGGUAAUCGGGCAAGAUCGGAGUCCCCGGGCAAGGAGAAGGCGGCGGUCCAUCGUUGGGUAGAGAGGUUCGAAUCCCCCCGGUAG